GGUCGAGUUGGACACGUGUAGGCUGGAAAACUCCCUCCAAAACCCACGACGUUUCCAGACCGUUCGGCUAAGUUCGCUCCCGUUUUCUCGAACUUUCCUCCCUCUGCUUUUUAAUCAUAUUCCGAAAUUGUCUCGCCAACAAAACAAUCAGAGUGGGUUGUGGUUUUUCUACAACGUUGGAAAUGAGCCGAGCCGCUGAUUCGAGUGCGUUUAAUGGGGACUUGGCAUCUGCAGUGAACAAUUUCUUCAAUUUCCCGGAGACCCUCGAGAAAUUUGUGUUUCCUUCGCGAGCGCACGAACACAAUGACAACAAAGGCGUCUCGAGCAUUCCGGUCGACAUUUUGGACGCUCAGAAGGAGUACAUAUUCUUCAUGGACGUUCCUGGUUUGUCCAAGUCUGACAUUCAGGUGACAGUGGAAGAUGAAAGUACCCUUGUGAUCCGAAGUGGUGGAAAGAGGAAACGUGAAGAAGGUGAGGAAGAAGGCUGCAAAUACCUGAGGCUAGAGAGAAGGCCACCCAAGAAACUACUCAGAAAGUUUCGAUUACCCGAAAAUGCCAAUGUAUCAGCCAUUACAGCAAAAUGUGAGAAUGGAGUUUUGACUGUGGUUGUUGAGAAGCUUCCUCCACCUCCCAAGCCCAAAACUGUUGAAGUUACCAUUUCUUGAAGAAAGUACAGCAGCCGGAUUGUGGUGGUGGGGUUUCUUAGCUAGCUUCUCCAUAUUGGGUGUCACUCGCAUGGUGUAGAGAGAAUCAGGUUCUCUUGCUCUUUGUGUUACGAUGAAGAUAGUGUAGUGUGAAGAAUCAAUAUAAACUUUGAGAUUCCGAUAUUGGUUCCUUUUCAGGUUCUUGUAUUAAUCGGAAUGCACUUCUCUGUUUGGGUUUAGAAUAUUAGCAGCGUUAUUAGUAUUCUCAUGGAUUUAACUUCUAUUAUUA